AUGACAACAGAAUAUUCAAUCCAUUCCGCUGGUUCGUACAUGCAAGCAAUGCAGGCUAUGAUGCACUCAGUAGAUCAAUAUGACAUGAAAAUUGGUGUUUCUGAACUCCCUGAGAUAAAUGGUGAAAGUGACGAACAAGUAGGUAAAACUACAUUAAUUAAAUUGGCUCAGGAUAGGAAUGAGUGGGAUGACAUUUUUGAUGAUUUUAAGGAUUUAAACUAUGAGAAGUUUGUAAAAAUGGUUGAUGAUGUCAAGAAAUGUAAUGGUGUCAAUGGUGGUGAUUCUAGUGGAAGUACUGUCUUCAAGAGAUUAGUAAGAUUGGCUAGUACCUGUUCUAGUUCUUUGUCUACAGGUACCCUAUUGAAAUCUGUUCUGGAAAUUACAUUUGCAAAUGAGAAAGGUCAAUUAGCGGAACAAUUGCUUGAUCUGGUUGGUGCAGAGAAUGUCGAAUUGAUCUCAUUUGUUUUGGAAAAUAGACAAUUAAUAACUGCUCAUUCUUUGGAAGAUGUUAUACAAAUGACCAGAGAUAUCAUUGAUUCUUCUGAAUUUGAUUAUUUGACUGAACAAGAAAUGAAAGAUCAGGUUAUACAAAAUGCUUAUGAUGCCAAAAACCAAAAGUUGGAUCCUGCUAGAAGAGUAAUAAAGUAUCCUCAUGUUUAUAGGAAAUACGAAGAUGGUAAUACUAGUAGUUUGGCUUUUUCAGGCCAAAAAUUUUCUUUGCCUAUCGGUACAACCAGACAAUCAUAUCAGUCACAUGAAGAAUUAAUUAUUCCAGCAGCUGAUCCUGAUACUAAUAAAAAAGUAUUUCAUACUAGAUUAAUGAGUAUAGAUAGUCUGGAUCAUUAUUGUAGAGCUGUAUUUAAGUACAAGACAUUAAACAAAAUUCAAUCUUUAGUAUUUCCAGUGGCAUAUAAUACUAACGAAAACAUGUUAAUCUGUGCUCCCACAGGUGCCGGUAAAACAGAUAUAGCAUUGUUGACUAUUUUAAACAUUAUCAAACAAUUUUCUCAAGUAAAUGAACAUAAUGAACUUGAUAUCCAAUAUGAUGAUUUUAAAGUCAUUUAUGUUGCUCCACUGAAAGCAUUGGCUGCAGAAAUUGUUGAGAAAUUUAGUGAAAAGCUAGCUAUUUUUGAUAUCCAAGUAAGAGAAUUGACUGGUGAUAUGCAAUUGACAAGAGCAGAAAUUCAAACAACCCAAGUUAUUGUAACUACGCCAGAAAAAUGGGAUGUUGUUACACGUAAAGCAAAUGGUGACAAUGAUUUAGUUUCUAAAGUUAAAUUAUUGAUUAUUGAUGAAGUUCAUUUGUUACAUGAAGACAGAGGUUCUGUCAUCGAAACAUUAGUGGCACGUACAUUGAGACAAGUUGAAAGCUCUCAGUCUAUGAUCCGUAUUGUAGGUUUAUCAGCAACAUUACCAAAUUUUAUGGAUGUUGCUGAUUUUUUAGGUGUCAACCGUCAAGUCGGUAUGUUUUAUUUUGAUCAAUCUUUCCGUCCAAAACCAUUGGAACAACAGUUGUUGGGUUGUAGAGGUAAUGCAGGAAGUAGACAAUCGAGGGAAAAUAUAGAUAGAGUUUCUUAUGAUAAAUUAAUCGAGAUGAUUCAGAGAGGUUAUCAAGUCAUGGUAUUUGUUCAUGCAAGAAAAGAGACUGUUAACAGUGCAAGAACCUAUAUUAGAAUAGCAGAACAAAACAGUGAAAUCACAGAAUUUGCUCCUGAUGCAGAUAUGAAGAAUAAAUAUUCAAAAGAAUUGGCUAAAAAUAGAGAUAAAGAUUUAAGGGAACUUUUUCAAUUUGGUUUUGGUAUUCACCAUGCUGGUAUGGCACGUACAGAUCGUAAUUUAACUGAAAAAAUGUUCAAAGAUGGUGCAAUUAAAGUUUUAUGUUGUACUGCAACACUAGCUUGGGGUGUGAACUUACCUGCUGAUUGUGUUAUUAUCAAAGGUACCCAAGUAUAUGAUUCAAAAAAGGGUGGAUUCAUAGAUCUAGGGAUAUCUGAUGUUAUUCAAAUUUUUGGUCGUGCAGGUAGACCAGGUUUUGGCUCUGAACAUGGUACAGGUAUAUUAUGUACUUCAAAUGAUAGAUUGGACCAUUAUGUCUCAUUGCUGACUCAACAACAUCCAAUCGAAUCAAAAUUAGGGUCCAAAUUGGUAGACAACCUGAAUGCAGAAAUUUCCUUGGGUACAGUUACCAAUGUAGAGGAAGCUGUUCAAUGGUUAGGUUACACUUACUUAUACGUGAGAAUGAGAAAGAAUCCAUUUACUUAUGCAAUUGACUGGGAGGAGCUUGCUUCCGACCCUCAACUAUAUGACAGAAGAAGAAAAAUGGUAGUUACUGCAGCUCGAAGGCUACACUCACUACAAAUGAUAGUAUUUGAUGAAAUUUCAAUGCACUUCAUUCCGAAAGAUUUAGGUAGAGUCGCAUCCGAUUUUUAUUUAUUGAAUGAAUCUGUUGAAAUAUUUAAUCAGAUGUGUAAUCCAAGGGCAACGGAAGCAGAUGUUCUUUCUAUGAUUAGUAUGAGUAGUGAAUUUGAUGGUAUUAAAUUUAGAGAAGAAGAAGCAGUUGAAUUGACAAGGUUAUCUGAAUCGGCUGUUGAGUGUCAAAUUGGUGGAGCAUUAGAUACCGCCCAAGGUAAGGCAAACGUUCUAUUACAAGCAUAUAUUUCUCAAAGUAAAAUUUUUGAUUCAGCGUUGAAUUCGGAUUCUAAUUACGUUGCUCAAAAUGCUACAAGAAUUUGUAGAGCUCUAUUUUUAAUUGGUAUCAAUAGAAGAUGGGGUAAUUUUGCUAAAGUUAUGUUGGAUGUUUGUAAAUCCAUUGAGAAACGAUUGUGGGCAUUUGAUCAUCCAUUAUGUCAAUUUGACCUUCCUGACCCUAUCAUCCGUCAAAUUCGAGACAGAAAUCCUUCAAUGGAUCAUUUAAUGGACCUCGAACCUGAAGAAAUUGGUGAACUUGUCCAUAACAGAGGUAUUGGUAAUAAACUUUUUAAUUUAAUAAGCAAAUUUCCAAGUAUUUCUAUAUCGGCAGAAAUAUUUCCUAUAACCACUAAUGUGAUGAGAAUUCAUGUUAACUUAAUUCCAGAUUUCAAGUGGGAUUUCAGGGUACAUGGUGAUGUACAAUUUUUCUGGGUCUUGGUGGAAGAAUCAGAUAAAUCUCAAGUUCUACAUUUUGAGAAAUAUAUUCUGAGGAAAGCUCAAUUAAAUACUGUUCAUGAAAUGGAUUUCAUGAUUCCAUUGUCUGAUCCAUUACCACCUCAAGUUGUGGUAAAGGUCGUUUCAGAUACUUGGAUAGGUUGUGAAUCGACAUUCCCAAUUUCAUUCCAACAUCUAAUUAGACCUUAUAAUGAAACUCUUCAAACCAAAUUGUUAAGAUUGAAACCACUACCAACUUCUGCAUUAAACAAUCCUUUGGUGCAAUCAAUUUAUCCAUUUAAAUAUUUCAACCCAAUGCAAACUAUGACUUUCCAUACUUUGUAUAAUACAAAUGAUAACGUUUUUGUUGGUUCACCAACUGGUUCUGGUAAAACAGUAGUAGCUGAGUUGGCUAUAUGGCAUGCCUUUAGAGAUUUUCCAGGUAAGAAGAUUGUAUAUAUUGCACCUAUGAAAGCUUUGGUUAGAGAAAGAGUUGAUGAUUGGAGAAAAAGAAUUACACCGGUAACUGGAGAUCGAGUUGUUGAAUUGACAGGUGAUUCUUUACCAGAUCCAAAGGAUGUUCGUGAUGCCACUAUUGUCAUUACAACUCCAGAAAAAUUUGAUGGUAUUUCUCGUAAUUGGCAGACACGUAAGUUUGUUCAAAAUAUAUCAUUAGUUAUAAUGGAUGAAAUUCAUUUAUUGGCAAGUGAUCGUGGUCCUAUUUUAGAAAUGAUUGUAAGUCGUAUGAACUAUAUUGCGUCACAAACUAGUAAUCCUAUUAGAUUACUUGGUAUGUCUACUGCAGUUUCUAAUGCAUAUGAUAUGGCCAGUUGGUUGGGUGUUAAAAGCAAUGGUUUAUUCAAUUUCCCAUCAAGUGUCCGUCCAGUCCCACUGAAUAUGUAUAUUGAUGGUUUCCCUGAUAAUUUGGCAUAUUGUCCUUUAAUGAAGACAAUGAACAAACCAGCCUUUAUGGCUAUUAAACAGCAUUCUCCAGUGAAGCCUGCAUUGAUUUUUGUUUCUUCUCGUAGACAAACUAGAUUAACUGCAUUAGAUCUAAUUCAUCUGUGUGGUAUGGAAGAUAAUCCAAGGAGAUUUUUAAAAAUUGAUGAUGAUGGUGAAUUACAGUAUUAUAUUUCACAAAUUACAGAUGAUACGUUGAAGUUAUCGAUUCAAUUCGGUAUUGGUUUACAUCAUGCUGGUUUAGUUGAGAAGGAUCGUGAUAUUUCACAUCAAUUAUUUCAAAAGGGAAAGUUACAAAUUUUGGUAGCCACAUCCACUUUAGCCUGGGGUGUUAACUUACCAGCACAUUUAGUAGUUAUAAAAGGUACUCAAUUUUAUGAUAAGAAAGUUCUAGGAUACGUUGAUAUGGAUUUAACUGAUAUUUUACAAAUGAUGGGUAGAGCUGGUAGACCUGCUUAUGAUACAACAGGUACAGCUAUCGUCUACACUCGUGAAAAUAAGAAGAUGUUUUACAAGCAUUUCUUGAAUGUUGGGUUCCCUGUAGAAUCGUCAUUACACAAGGUUUUAGAAGAUCAUUUAGGUGCUGAAAUCAAUUCCGGUACUGUUUGUAACAAACAAGACGCUAUUGACUUCUUAAGAUGGACCUUUUUCUUCCGUAGAGCUCAUCAUAACCCAACAUAUUAUGGCAUACUUGAAGAUACAAGUGCAGCUGGAGUGCAUAAGCAUAUCAGUGAACUGAUUGAUAAAAGUAUAGAAGAAUUGGUUUCUUCUCGAUGUGUAGAGGUCUAUGGCGAGGAUAUUGAAGCUACUCCAUUCUUGAGUAUUGCGUCCUAUUAUUAUAUUUCUCACAAGACUAUAAGAACUUUAUUGGCUCAAAUUAAGGAUAAUGCCAGAUUUAUUGAUGUCUUGAAAUGGUUAUCAUUGGCAGAGGAAUACAAUGAAUUGCCAGUUAGAGGUGGUGAAACUAUUAUGAAUGAAGAAAUGUCUGCACAGUUAAGAUAUCCUGCGGAAACUAUUUUCACUGGAGAAUAUGAAUUACCAAUUUUUGAUACUCAUGUUAAAGCAUUUUUAUUAUUACAAGCACAUUUAAGUCGUGUUAAUCUACCUAUCGCAGAUUAUAUUCAGGACACAGUUUCUGUGCUUGAUCAAUCUUUACGUAUUUUGCAGGCGUUUGUUGAUGUUGCUAGUGAAUUAGGUUAUUUCAAUACAGUAUUGACUAUAAUUAAAGCAAUGCAGUGUAUUAAACAAGGUUAUUGGUACGAAGAUGAUCCAGCAAGUGCAUUACCUGGUUGUGAAUUAAAAAGAUUUAAUGAUAUUGAAUUUUUAGAGAGUGGUCACCCACUAGAUGCCAAAUCACAAAGUUCUAAAGUAAACCUAAACGGAAUAGCUAGGAUGGGAUUCAAGAAACUUCAGAACUUAGCAAUUCAAAAUGAUUUGUCUUAUGCAGAUUUGAAAAAUGAUGAUGAAGUUUCUGAAGAGGUUCUUGCAGAAAGAAUUCAGCGUAAGUUUAUUAGCGUUUGUCAAAGAUUACCAGCACUUGAUGAUGUUAAAGUUGAGAAACAAGAAGAUAAUACUAAAGUAGUUAUAACUUCAAAACAUCAUUCUAAGCAAAAUAAUCGUGAGUUUGAAGUUUAUUGUGAUAAGUUCCCAAAAAUGCAAAAAGAAUCUUGGUUCUGUAUUGGUUAUAAAAAUAAUGAACUUUACAUGAUUAAGAGAUGCCAUCCACAACAGGAUAAAGAUAAGACAGUUAACAUUACCUGUGAGUUCAUUGUUACGGAAGAGCUGAGAGGGAAAGAUAUGGAUUUCCUACUGAUCAACGAUGCUUUAUCACUUGAAUAUCAUAUUAAUCAUCAACUUCUAAAGUAA